AAGAGAUGCUUAUUUCACCCAACAAUACCACAAAUAUCUAAACCAACAAAAGAGAUCAAUCCAAAUUCAAAUUUUUAUCACAAUGUCUGAUUCUCGUCAAAUCAAAGACAGUGAUGUGAAGCCAAUCAUUUUUCGAGAAUACAUUGGCGUGAAGCCAUAUCCAGACACUUUACAUAAUUUCCCAACUGAUAUCAUCAACUCCAAGAUCCACCAAUUCCACUUCAUUUUAGGCUUUGCCACAGAGACUUACGAUGAUAGUGGAAAAGGCACAGGAGUUUUCAACCCCAGUUGGAACGUUCAUUUCUUCAGUCCUGAAAAAGUGAAGGAACUCAAGCAAAAUCAUAAAAAUGUGAAGGUUGUAAUAAGCAUCGGUGGUCGUGGUGAUAAACAUCCAUUCAAUCCUGCUUCAAAAGUAGAAUGGCCUGACAAUGCUGUAAACUCACUCAAAAAGAUCAUCCAGCAAUACAACGAAGUCAAGGAUCCUUGGAGCUUUAACAUAAUAGAUGGCAUUGAUAUCAACUAUGAGUACAUCACAUCCGAUGGUGGAGAUUUCUCUUCUGGUGUGGGGGAUGUUAUAAAGAGACUCAAGGAGGAUACUGAUCUAUCUGUCGAUGUGGUUUCCAUUGCUCCAUCUAAACCAGUCAAUUCCAAGUACCAUACACUAUUUUUGGCUCGCCAUGAUUAUAUUGAUUGGGUGGACUAUCAGUUCUACUUUGAGACUCUCAAAUCAAAGGAUGAGUUUAAAAAUAUCUUUCUUAGUCUAUCAGACGUCUACGGUUCUAAAAAACUUCUGGCAGGAGCUAGUACUGAUCCAGAUGACGCAGGUAAAAUUUCACGAGAAGACUUCCUUGAGGGUGUUAUCGAUCUCCUCGAUGCUGAAUCACUUCGUGGCAUUUUUAUUUGGAAUGCUAAUGACUCUGCAACCCCUCCACCCAACGGAAAACCUUUCUCCUUUGAGAUAAAGGCACAAGAACUCCUCACUAAAUCAGGAUAAUUAAUUACUAUCUAGCUAUCUAGCUACCUAGUAGUUAUUUAAAACGCAUUCUACGGGUCAUUAAUAAAUAAUAGCUAGAUCUUGUCAUGAUAAAGUUUGUUUCUUAUAUCUUCUAAAUAAGACCCGUCUGGCUUGAAUGGAUGAUUUUACUAUUGCAUGGGUGUUUGUGUAUCGCA